AUUUGCAGUGAGCGCGCAUUUCUAAUCGGUUCGCAAGUCAGCUCGGGGCAGUCAGUUCGGGGCCGUCAGUAGGUCUUCCAAAGGGUAAAAGCACUUCACCGCUUUCAGUUGGCUCUGUCUCGUCGUUGUGUUGUGCACGAAUGCGCGUUGAACGUUCCAAGUGAGGCACCUGUCCAAACGAGCACAUCACUCAUAAUCCGAUUCCGUCCAAGCGUGUUAGCUCAGCGCAUUUUUUUUUUCAAGAUCACCAAGUGCACUGCAAGUUUUCCCCUACUUUAUUGUCUGUAUGUGUGUCUGAAUGCUGAUGUGGUUGCAGCGUAAAUCACAGCGUUGAUUUAACAGAAAGUUUUUUUGCAACUGGCUUAUUUGCCAAGCUGACGUUCACAUUACCCACAUAGAAGCAGCACAUUACCACGUUUACAAAUCUAUCGAUCAUUCCGAAUUCGAAAUUCACUCGAUUUCCGACUUACGCUUAAAAUGCAAUUUCUUGAAAGGUUUCGCAAGGGCCUCAAAAAUGAAUUCCAGAAGCAACAUUUCGGCUUCGAGUACAGUCACGUGCACCUAUUCUACAAAUCCCUGUGGCAAAAGAAUGAAGUUAGCACAGCUUACUUGCUGUAUCGCUGGAUAUGGGCGAUCUUGUGUCUGGCUGUAUACAUUACCUGCAUUGCAUUGCAAUUGUGUGACGGGAUAUUCUUCAUCUAUAUGACCAAUUGGGGCUUUGGUCUCAUCACCGUCACCAUGCUUAUGGGGGCGGUGCACGUCACAUGCUGGCACUACGAUAUACGGAACGUUCGGAGUCUGGUGCAAGAGUCGGGACAGAAGGGGCGGACCACCACGUGCAGCUUGAAGAUCUAUUGGUGGCUGUACAAUAUGUCACUGCUGAUGGCCUUGAUCAUAUCCACUGUGUACUGGGUAUUUCUCAACGGUCGGAUGAACAAACCGGCACGAUUUCCGGUAAUUAGCAUUAUAACACAUGCUCUGAAUAGCGCCUGUAUGAUGAUCGAUUUUCUGAUCGUUGCAUUUCCGCUGCGACUGCUGCACAUGGUGCAGACGAUGUGCUUGGCCAUUGCCUUCUUCCUCUUCACACUCAUCUAUCACAUCAGCGGCGGCACCGAUGAAUUUGGGAAUCCCUAUGUUUAUCCCAUACUAGACUGGCAUAAUCCCAUUCGCUGUCUGGUCACAUUCGUCGGCAUUUUCCUGAUGAUCAUCUGUUUUUGGACGCUGCUCUUUGGCGCCCAUAAGCUGAAGCAGGUCUUCAAUCGGGCGUUCAGCAUCGUCUGGACACCCCAAUCCGUGGGUCUUAUAUAACACUAGACCCACAAAAUCUAGCAUCACAAAACUGCACUCAAUUAGCGAUAAGUAGUCCAGCCCGCAUAUUGUAAUUUUCAUUUAGUAGUUACAUCUUUGUAUUCAUCUUUACUUGCAUUUACUAUUUAUAUCACACUGUAGCUGUACGCACUAAGAUUGUUUUUUAGUAAGUGCUUUUUGCUAUGCGGCUAGUUUAAGCAUUGUAAGUUUUUUCUGGUUCCUUAAUGCCGAGGCAACAUCCGAUUGCUUUGGCUAUUACUUUUAAAGAGUAUAAACAAUUGAAUAAAGCUUGUUACUAUGGAAUCCAUAGUGAAAUGAUAUUAUGAAGGAAAUAAAAUAAUGUUUUUUGAACAUUUUUCAUUGGAAAAUCGAAA